CCAUAGGCUGUCGGGAGAAGCCCCGCCCCCUUGGCGGUUGCCGAGCAACCGGAGGACUCUGGCGCGGCCUGGCCGGGGGCGGAGAGACAGAAUACGAGGCAGAAGAAUAUGUGACGGAAGCAGCAGAGAUGCUCUCUGACUGAGUCCCACCUUGUGUAGGAGAUGUUGUAUCCUUUCUAGACCUCAAACCACCCAACUCACAGGUGUUUACCUGAAGCCAUGGCAACUGGGGUCCCAGCUGUGUGCCGAGUAUCAUCACAGGAUGGGAAGCAGAGAAACAAGCCCCCGCUGGAGGACACAGCCGCUCCAGAGAAGGCGACGAGCACGUCAAAUGCCACAAAGACAUUAGAUCCACGUCAGUUAAAACCCGAUAGCAUUGAGACAGAAAGAAUCACAACUGUCUUGGAUGAGACGAUUGCCAAGCUGGAGCUGAGCAGUUUAAUCCAACGUAUUGUCAACAGUCUGGAUAUAUUUGCCGAUAUGCUGGGACCGGAGAUCACAAACAAGCUGAUGGAGCACCAAAAGCUUUCAAACGACAUUGAGCACCUGCUCGCCCGCUCUGAGGAAGGGGACACCCUGAGAGCUGAGGAGCAACGGGGCUGUGUCUGCUCGCUAGAGCAGCGUUUCAGCCGUUCUGUUAGAGACAUCCUGAGGCUCUUGCUGGCCAACCCUUCGCUUUGCCAGGCUCUGAAACAGGAAUCCUGGGUGAGAGAGUCACCAGCUGAAGAGUUUAUCAAAGCCUUUGGGCAGUUCAGGAAUUUAAUGCUUGAGAGACUCCUGACUAGUCCCAAGGAAGAGGAAGAACGGAUCCAGUUCAUGCAAGACAUCUCCCUGCGGGUUAAGAAAACCUCCGAAACAGUCAGGGUUUUAAAGGCAGAAGUGGCAGCAGCGAUGCAGACUAGAGAGGAGGAGAUUGACAAGAGGGUCAAUAUGGUCCAAGACCUCAAAACCAGCAUGCAAGAUCUGGCUGAAGACAGCAAGGCCAACAUCCAGCAGAUCGAGCAGGAAGGAAAAAGACAGCAAGAAGAGGAGCUGGAAGUCUUCCAGGCCAGGUCUGCCAUGCUAGAGGAGGAGGCUCAGGAGCUGGAAGCACAACUUGAUGCACUUAUAGUGGAGCAUCGAGCAUCAGAGCUGGCUCUCAGAAAGAGAAUCUGCAGAGCAGAGAUGGAAAUUGCGAACUGGGUCCACAAAUAUGACGCAGACAUGGCAGAAAAACAGGCUGAGUAUGAGGAGGUUGAAGCUGCUUACAACGAGGAGAAGGCCCAGCUGGCCUGUCUGACAGAGAAGCGUGAUCUGCUUCUUCAAGAGUAUUCCGAGAUUCAGGAGGAGCGCAGGAGACUUAAGGAGAAGGAGGAGGAGGCGUUGAAGGAGUUGAACAUCAAGACCCGAGCUGCCACCUGCAUCCAGGCCUACUGGAAAGGCUACUUGGUCCGGUCCCUCUACAGGUCCAAGAAGAAGGGCAAGGGCAAGGGAAAGGGAAAGGGCAAGAAGACCAAGAAAUAAAGCAUCAGUUUUUUAAUUUA